ACAGCUUCGGUUGCCAUGGCUGGACAAACUGCAGUUGCCAUGCCUGGACAACUGCAGUUGCCAUGUAUAAUCAAAUGUGACUGCAAUGUCUAAACAACCGUGGAUGACAAGUGUGAACAAAUCUGUGUGGCAUGGUUGGACCACUACAUGUGCCAUGUUGAACAAACUACAGUUGCCAAUGACCAACUGCUACCAUGAUCGCAGGUUGUUACAGUGGAACCACAUCAGCAAACGUCUCAUGGCAAGAUUCACAGUUGCAGGAAAGCGCUAUUGCAGAUAGAGCACAUCAAAUUGGAAUGACAGACCACACAAGAUCGGCACAUGCGGCACAACAAGGACCUUCAACUACAAUUAACAGCGGCGCGGGGACAUCUACUGCGGGGAGCUCUGAGCGCACGGAAGACGCGUUCCACCAGCCAGCCAACACUCAUGCCACAAACAAUGCCGAGUCAGUGUCGGAAAUGGCAAUCGUGCCAGCAAUACCGACAAGCACACCUGUGCACACCAGCACAAGCAACACUCAAGCAGGUGAAAAGCCGCCGAUACUGAAGUGAAUGAUGAAACCGAUGACGAAGCACAAGGGGAUGAAGAUGGUGGGCAAUCAGAAAUCAUGGUACCCCAGCCACCGUAUCUUGGGCAGAGAUUUGAUUCGUUUGAAGAUGCAAAGGAAUUCUACCAGACAUAUGCAAAGUUCCAUGGGUUUGCGGUCAACACCGAAUACCAUAGGAAAAUUAAAAAAACUAGCGAGUACAGCAGAGGUGAGAUGAGGUGCUACAAGGCACGAAUAAACAAGAAGGGCAAAGGUGAUGCGCAUGUCAUUCCGGAACGAAAGAGAGGUAUCAUUGUCAAGACGGAAUGCCCUGUCCGGUGUAAGCUGAACGUAGAUGGAGCACAGUGGGUGGUCACUGAAUAUUUUGACGAGCACAACC